AUGGAGCUUGGUGACGAACCGAGAUUCCUGACUAGAGAAGAGCGAGCAGCGCUAGCUCUCCAACGACGUGCGGAGCAGGUGGAAAAAAUGAGAGAGAAUCAAAGAAGGAUAGAGGAAGCUCGUAAACAGUUCGAAGCAGAAGCUAAGAAAACAGAUCGUGAACGCGAAAGAGACCGAGAUCAUGAUAGAAAUCGCGAUCGAAGCAGAGAUCGACGAGAUCGCAGCCGAUCCAGAGAUCGGAAGGAUCGUGAUAAACGUGAUAGAAGUCGAAGUAGGGAGAAGGACAGAGAUCGUGACAGAAGAGGCAGGAGUAGAAGUCGGGAUAGAGAGCGGAGGGACCGCAGCAGGAGUAAAGAAAGGAGAGAUCGGGACAAGGAACCGCGAACAUCUCGCUCAGACAAGCCAGAAGAAGACACUUUCGACCUGAAUAAGCUCCAAGAAGCUGUGAAAGUACGCUAUCUUGGAAUGCAGAAAGAAAAAAAGAAAAGAGGCAGACGACUGCACGAGCGAAAAUUCGUUUUUGACUGGGAUGCAUCAGAGGAUACGUCACAAGAUUACAACAAACUCUAUCAAAAGCGGCAUGAAGUGCAAUUUUUUGGACGUGGAGCCAUCGCUGGUAUCGACGUAAAUGCCCAGAAGAAGAGUAAUAAUGUCUUCUACCAGCAGAUAAUGGAAAAAAGGCGUACAGAAGAAGAGAAACUCAUGGAGAAAGCAAGGUUGGAAAAGGAAAAGAUGAAGGAGCGAAAGUCUGCGCACGAUGAUAGACACUGGAAGAUGAAACCUCUGAACGAAAUGACAGAGCGUGAUUGGCGCAUAUUCCGCGAAGAUUUCAACAUCUCUAUAAAGGGUGGUCGAGUUCCCAAACCAAUUAGAUGUUGGGAAGAGUGUGGCCUCCCCGAUGAAGUUUACCAAGCCAUACAGAAGGUUGGUUACAUAGAGCCUACCCCUAUCCAACGGCAAGCCAUCACCAUCGGACUACAAAAUCGCGACGUAAUUGGUGUUGCUGAAACAGGUUCCGGUAAAACGGCCGCAUUUUUGAUCCCGUUGCUG